AUGGUGAAAGUCGCCAUCGCCGGUGGCAGCGGGCAGCUGGGGCGUACCAUUGCCGAAGUCACCGUAGCUGAUGGUCGUCACGAUGCCGUCAUACUCAGUCGAAAGGCCAAAUCGAAUACGGAAAACGGCAUCGAUGUCGUUGAGGUAGACUACUCUGACGUGGAGAGCCUCACUGCGAUGCUGCAGCAAAACAAUGUCCACACAGUCAUUUGUACCCUUUCCACGGACGGUGAAUCGCUCGCCGUUGCGCAGUUCAACUUGAUUAAAGCUGCAGAUGCCUCUUCCGUCACGAAGAGGUUCAUCCCCAGCGCAUUUCUCCCCCCCUACCCCCCUGAAGCGGCAGGUAUUCCAAGCCUACAGCCGCACUUCAACUGCCUUGACGAGAUGAAGAAGACUGAUCUCGAGUGGGCAGUCGUCGCUAAUGGUGUCUUCAUGGAUUACUUUUCGCCCUCGCUCAAGUCUUAUCUGAAGCCAUGGACAAUUAUUAUCGACAUUGAGAACAAAUCUGCUGCGAUCCCGGGAUCAGGCAAUGACUUGGUAACUUUUACUUACAGCUUUGACGUCGCUAAAUUUGUCGUGGCCGCCCUCAGCCUCGACAAAUGGCCAAGGGAAAUGCGAGUCAUCGGGGACACAAUGACAUGGAAUGAGGUCCUUAGACUUGCCGAAGAAGCUCGAGGCACCAAGUUUGACGUAGCGUACGAUGACGUGGAGAAGCUUCAGAGAAUGGAAAUCACGGAGCUUCCUGGUCAUCGCGCUAUGUAUAGCUAUGUUUCGAGAGAGGAAGUUCAGGCCAUGGCAAUAAUGGAGCUCUGGAUGACCAUGGGCGUAGCAAAUAUACCCGGAGAAGACUCCUUGAACGAGAUGUUCCCGAGUCUAAAGCCGAUGACAAUGAAGACUUUGAUGGAUCAGUGUUGGAAAGACAAAUGA